AAUCACGUUCUCUUGCAUUAUUCAAUACAUACAUACAUACAUACAUACAUACGUACGUACAUAUACAUAUACACACACGAACCAGAUUAUCAUCAAGCCAAGAAGAUCUAAGCUGAACAAACAACCGCCAUUGGCGCCUCUGAUUUAGAAUCUUCAACAGAUUCUUCAAGAGGAGCAGUAUCCCAACUGCAACAACAUCCCCCAUUUAACUCCUCUAAUCCUCUUCUUCUUCUUCUUCUUCUUCCCCAACUGCAGUACUCUCCAUCGGGCCGACAUUUGCUUCUCAAUCUUGCCCCGGAAACAGGAGAUCGAAGUUACAGAGCAGCUUUCCGAUGGCGGCAGCUGCUGCAGCGGAGGACAUCUUCGAGGUGGAGGGCAAGAAGGUGGAGGAAGAGGACGACGACGAUGUGUGCCCCGUCAAGCAGGUCGAUCUGACCGUCCCUAAGACGGACGACCCCACCCUGCCCGCGGUCACGUUCAGGACGUGGGUCCUGGGGGUCGGAGCGUGCGUCGUCCUCUCCUUCGUCAACCAGUUCUUCUGGUACCGGAAGCAGCCUCUCAUUGUCACCUCGAUCUCAGCCCAGAUCGCCGUCGUCCCGCUCGGCCACCUCAUGGCUCGGGCGCUCCCCACCAGGGCCUUCUUCGAGGGCACACCCUUGGAGUUCUCAUUGAACCCCGGCCCCUUCAACGUCAAGGAGCACGUGCUGAUCACCAUCUUCGCCAACUCGGGGGCUGGCACGGUCUACGCCACUCACAUACUGAGUUCCGUGAAGCUGUACUUCAAGAGGGAGCUCACUAUCCUCCCUGCCUUCCUUGUCAUGCUGACCACUCAGGUUCUUGGGUAUGGCUGGGCCGGGAUAUACCGAAGAUAUCUCGUGGAGCCGGGCGAAAUGUGGUGGCCCUACGAUCUGGUUCAAGUCUCUCUUUUCAGGGCUUUACAUGAGAAGGAGCCAAGGCCGAAAGGUGGCUUCACCAGGAACCAGUUCUUCCUCAUAGUCCUCGCCACGAGCUUCGCGUACUGCGUCUUCCCGGGAUACAUGUUCUUGAUGCUAACUUCCAUGUCUUGGGUCUGUUGGCUCGCCCCCAAGUCUGUGUUCAUCCAGCAGUUGGGGUCAGGCCUAUCGGGCCUUGGAAUUGGCGCCUUUGCGAUCGACUGGUCCACCAUCUCGUCCUAUCUGGGGAGCCCGCUCGCUAGCCCAUGGUUUGCAACAGCCAAUGUGGCGGUGGGCUUCGUCCUGGUGAUGUACGUGAUGACGCCCUUAUCGUACUGGUUCGACAUCUACAAUGCCAAGACAUUCCCGAUUUUCUCAAACGACCUCUUCAUGUCCAACGGGUCCUCAUACGACAUUCUCAGCAUCACGAACUCCAAGUUUCACCUCGAUAGGGAAGCCUAUGCAAGGAAUGGGCCCGUGCACAUGAGCACCUUCUUUGCCAUGACUUACGGGCUCGGGUUUGCCACCCUCCCUGCAGUCAUAGUCCAUGUGCUGCUCUUCAACGGAAGGGAGCUGUGGCAACAAGCCAAAGGCGCCUUCGGAGGGAAUCGGAAAAUGGACGUCCACACUAGACUAAUGAAGAAGUACAAGUCAGUCCCGACAUGGUGGUUUAUUGCCCUCCUUCUUGUGACCAUCGCCUGCAUAAUCUUUACCUGUGAACACUACAAAGAAUCCCUUCAGUUGCCUUGGUGGGCCGUGCUGUUAGCCUGUGGCAUCGCUUUCUUCUAUACCUUACCCAUCGGUAUCAUCUAUGCCACCACGAACCAGCAACCAGGUCUGAAUGUCAUCACAGAGUACAUCAUUGGAUAUAUAUACCCGGAGCGGCCCGUCGCAAAUAUGUGCUUCAAGGUCUAUGGGUACAUUAGUAUGUAUCAGGCCACGACCUUCUUGCAGGACUUCAAGCUCGGCCAUUACAUGAAGAUUCCACCGAGAUCAAUGUUUAUGGCACAGGUCGUGGGGACGGUUAUAUCAGUAGUAGUAUACACCGCGACGGCCUGGUGGCUCAUGGAGUCUAUUCCUCACCUCUGUGACACGACCCUCCUGCCCAAGGACAGCCCGUGGACAUGCCCAAUGGACCGGGUAUUCUUCGAUGCGUCGGUCAUAUGGGGCCUCGUGGGGCCCAGGAGGAUAUUUGGAGACCUCGGCGAGUACGGGAAAGUGAACUUAUUUUUCGCCGGUGGGGCUGUUGCACCUUUCCUGGUCUGGCUCGCUCACAAGGCCUUCCCGAAAAAGACAUGGAUCAGACUAAUAAACAUGCCUGUGUUGCUAGGCGCCACUGCUAUGAUGCCGCCUGCCACGGCCGUGAACUUCACAACUUGGAUCAUUGUAGGGUUCAUGUCUGGGUUCCUGCUGUUCAGGUACAGGCCCGAGUUGUGGAAGCGGUACAACUACGUCCUCUCUGGGGGCCUCGACGCUGGGACCGCUUUCAUGACAGUACUGUUGUUUCUGUCUCUCCAGUCGCAGGGUUUCGGACUCGACUGGUGGGGUAACAAUCCCGAAGGAUGCCCCUUAGCUUCUUGCCCAACCGCUAAAGGAGUCGUGAUCGACGGAUGCCCCGUAGUAACUUGAAUAUGAAAGAUGCACCUUCGUUUUAUAGUUUAGUUUUUGCUUAAAUGUUUAGGUGUCAUGAUCUGUAUAUAUAUUCUCUAGGAUUUCAUUGAAAAAAAAACUUAUUUUUGUCUCUGCUCAUAAUUCAAUGAAUGUGCAUUGAAUCAAA